AUGCCGUAUUACAACAGCGGGCACAGCCCCUCCACCUAUAACAAAGGUAAUCUCUUUUCUAUUGUUCAAACAACUCGACAAGAUUGCAAAAUUACUUCGGGGCAGCUUGUUAGACUACUUUCUUUCAAGUUACACGCGUAAUAACUGUAACACGUCGUUUCACCACGAUUCUUCUUCACUUUCGUUUUGUUAUUUCUCGAAACUAAGCCCACUCUCUGACUUUAUUAUUAUUGAAAGAAAAUUGACGUGAAACACACUUGAGCGUGGCAAUUGAGCGAAACGGUUAUUAAACGGAUUGAACAACAAUAAAAUCAGACGGAGGAUCGAGUGGCCCAUCGAGCACAUCGGGCGGCCGCGUGAGCAGUUCCGAGCCGACGUACAUGAUGGAGCAUUUGGCCACAUUCACGGUCACGAAGGAAACCGGUAUUGUUUAUCCGGCGGACGGUAUGCGGCGACUUUUGCAGUUGGAGAAGAGUAACGGCAUUUGGAGUCAAAAGAUGCAGCUCCGUCUGGAACGGAAUUGGGUGCUGAUCAUGGACAACGAGACGGGGGCCGUCAUGGAGCGAUUCCCAGCCUCGUUGAUACAGGAACCGACCGCGUUCACGUCGAGGGACCCUAUGGAGAUGUAUAACAACAUUCUCGUCUUCACAGUGGCGGAUGACAGCGGUUCCGGUCAACGGGCAGAAAUGCAUAUAUUCCAGUGUCAAAGUGUCUCGGCCCAGGAUCUCGUCGAGGAUCUAAAGAUGCUGCAAAUGGGCAAACUGGUGCCCGGUGGUUCGCCAAGAGGUCCGAGAGGUCGUAUCCCACCGCCUCCUACUUUACCACCGCCGGAACCACCCUUGAACGGGGUUAACGUCCGCGAACAGGUGUCCGCCUUUAAUGCCAACAAUGCCGACGGCCAAAACGACAUAUCACGCGAGGAGAACAACGACGAAGUCUCCUCGACGUCCUCCGAGAAAUACGAACGCGACGUGACCAUCCUGAACCAUUGUUUCGACGACAUCGAGAAAUUUAUCGCGCGUCUGCAACACGCGGCGGCCGCCUCGAAAGAGCUGGAACGCCGGCGGCGCAAUCGGAAGUCGAAGAAGAGGAAUCUGGGUGACGGGAUGCUGACAAUGAGGGCGAAACCACCUCCGGAGAUGGAGUUCAUCGACAUAUUCCAAAAGUUCAAACUGUCGUUCAACUUGCUGGCUAAGCUGAAGGCUCACAUUCACGACCCUAACGCCCCCGAAUUGGUACACUUUCUGUUCACGCCGUUGGCUUUGAUCGUGGACGCGUCCCACGACACUAAUUACGAUCCAAACUUGCCGAGCAAAGUGGUGUCGCCGUUGUUGACCAGAGAAGCGGUGAACUUGUUAAUCAAUUGCGUCACCAGUAAAGAGACAGAGCUUUGGCAUUCACUGGGCGACACGUGGCUGAUACCGCGCGACCAAUGGAAGGGCCACGUCCCUCCGUACCAUCCUAUCUUCAUGGACGGUUGGUCUCCGGAGUACCCGAUACCGGAGGACAGGGACCACGAUCAUUUGGCCUCCUUGUUGAACGCUGACAAACAAAAAAGGGACGAACUGCCCGAACAACAAAACGAUCCGUACUACAAUCAUCGAGAGGUGGACGAGUCCCAUUACAGCAGCGAUUAUUUGGAGUACGAGAGCAGAGAGGAGCGUGCCGGUAACGAGUACUUUGAUAGAAAUUACGGUACCGGCUCGGAGUUGUACGGCAGGGAAGAAAGAGUGGUCGAUCAGACGAGAGCGCACAGCGAUAUAUCGGUGGACUCGAUCGAAAGAACACCGAGGACCGCCGGCAUGGAAAGGGCACAGGAAGCUUGGCUGGACGAUCUAGUAGCUAGACACGCCAAGAUCGUGCAAGUCACUUACCCGAGGACGGCGAACAACGACAAGGAGCUGACAGUCGUCAGAGGCGAAUACCUAGAGAUUCUCGACGAUAGCAGGAAAUGGUGGAAGGCGAGGAAUUCCAGAGGGCAGGUCGCGCACGUGCCGCACACCAUCGUCACGGCCCACAACCCAUCCCAUUCCAACGACAACGACGUCUUCAACAAUCCUCUCUACACGAGCCGAUACCCGCGACAGGGGCACGGCUAUAAUUACGAGGAUUCUGAAAUAGAGAGGACCAACACUAGUCCAGGACCUGAAGCCACUCAUCGAACGCACGCUAUUCCACCGCCUGCGCCCGCCGAUUGGGUGAGAAAAGAGAGACUCGGGAAGAAAGGUGAAUUCCGAAGACUUAACGCGCUGGCUGGCCACCCAAGCAGAAUGCAACUAAAGUUGCUUGGGAUUUUCACGGUUUCUUGGGUUCUUGCGGUUGAAAUUAAAAUCGGAGGCUGA